ACCUCUAGUUUGGUGAGUCCCAUUCUUCUGAUAAAUAUGUAUGGUUUUUGCUGUAGAAGAUUUCAGUUUCAAUUACUAGUUCCAAGUUCAGUUACCCACUUUCAUUGCAUUCAAAAGGAACCUCUUUUUAGCAGAUCAUAUUCAUCAAAAUCACUAGUAGGUCCUCAAGGUCCCUCUUUUACAGUUUCAUACCUUAUAAACUCAUUUGGGUUCUCCCCAGAACUUGCUCUCUCUCUGUCCAAGAAGCUGUGGGUACAGUUUGAAUCCCCAGAAAAACCAGACUCUGUUAUUAAGCUUCUGAAACACUAUGGACUCAAUGGUACCCAUGUCUCUGAAAUCGCUAAGAAACGCCCAACCCUGUUUUUAUUCAAAGCUGAGAAGACCCUUCUGCCCAAGCUUGAGUUUUUCAGUUCUAUUGGCAUAUCAGGCACUGCCCUUGCUAGGCUCCUUUGUAUGAACCCAAGAAUCUUGACAGUAAGCUUAGAGAGAAGUCUCAGACCUUGUUAUGAUCUCACCAAAACUCUACGUAUCCCCGAUGAAAAGCUCGCUUAUUUCUUUAGUGACUUCAGGCGGAUUACUUUCACAAGAUUGUGCUUUGUUGCUCGCAAUGUUCAAGUUCUGAGAGCACAUGGUGUGCCAGAAUCCUCAUUUCCUCUGUGGGUGCCCGUUAAUUUUAAUGCACUGUCCUUUGACUCUGAGAAGGUCAGAGAAAAUAUUGACAAGGUCAUCAGCAUGGGAUUCCGCCCUUCAUCUGCCACAUUCAUGAGAGCACUGUUUGUGAUAUCAGUGAUGGAUGCAUCAAAAUGGGAACAGAGGAUGGAAUUUUAUAGAAAGUGGGGUCUGACUGAAGAUGAUGUGUUGUUGGCAUUUAGAAAGAGUCCCUUGUUUAUGUCCUUCAGUGAGAAGAUUAUAUCCAGUAAAAUGAAUUUUUAUGUGAAGACAAUGGGUUGGCAGCCCUCAGAUGUGGCUGGAUGUCCUGAUGUUCUAACUUAUAGUUUGGAGAAGCGAAUCAUACCUAGGUGUUCGGUUAUCAGACUUCUCCAGUUAGAGGGCUUAAUCGCAAAGGAAGAUGUAUCUAUAAGUACUAUUCUGAAGACAAGCGAGAAGUGGUUCUUGGAAAGGUUUGUGAUCAGAUAUCAGGAUCAAGUACCUGAGUUAUUGGAUAUCUUUCAAGGAAAAAUGGAUCUUGCGGACGUUGGCUUAGGGUUUGAGGAAAGAGGUGGAGCAAAAUAAUUGUUGGACGAAGCUUUGCUAUUUAUUUUUUCUUAAUUUUAUGAUUAAGAACAUCAGAAGAACCACUUGUUCAUUGAGCUUCCUUUGCCUACGAUCAUUUCUUCAAGAAAAAAAUUGGCUGCCAUCUAGUAGAUCUAACCAGGAUUCAAUUUUCUCUGUUCACAAGUUGUGGAGGAUUAUUCCAGGGUGUUCUGUUAUCAAGGUUCCCUGAUAUCCAGAGGCUUGGUAAAGCGAAAGUUUGGCCUUUUCAAUUCUGUCAGUAUCACCUGUGGAAUAUCUUGUGUAAGUUUGUGACAUCACAUCAGUAUACAUUGUCUCAAACAUUGGAUGUCUAUGUCUAUGUGGGUGCUUUGGAGUUAUUGAAGAAAUCUGAUUCUGAUUCUGAUUUCUUCAAUAACUCCAAAGCCUGGGUUGAGAUGAUCCAUGCACCCACAUAGAAGAAAUGUGGGUUGAGUUAUUGAAGAAAUGUGUGCAACGAAAACCUUGUAAAACAAGCGUGGACUUCUUGCGAGACCAUUCUGUUGAAGUUAUGUCUGAUUGAGUCUUAUUACUUGAAGACGACAUUGUGAAGUGUGGAUUGACAUGGUCCCAAAGUUUCAUAGGAUGAAGGUGUGGUUGGAAACAGAGCGGAGUUUGGACGGACACUUCCGAAUAUAUUGCAUCUAGAUUCCACCUGGUGUUUUCAAUGCGUGUUCAUUCAAAUUCCAAAACCCACAUUUUGGUAUAACCAAACUUAUUCUCAAACCAUGAAAGCUCAGAAGCCAAUUGAGAAAGAUAGUUUACUAAAGUAAAAACGGCAGUGGAUCUUUUUUGUUCUGCUACAAGCAGGUUCGUUUUCUUUGUCUGGAGUGUGAUCUACAAAAGUUAAAUAUGGGCAUCUUUAUUGUUUAAGAAUGCAGAGUGCUUGUUAAUUUUCGAAAUCUGCAGCAGAACAGUGGUGAUCAAAACAGAAACCAAGAUUAACAAAGAAUCAAAAGUUCAAAACUCAUCAAACUAGUAUAAUCUUCUCUGCUCACAUAUAAGUAUGAUCCAUGUCAGAAUAUGACAGACAUUACAUUCCCCUUUCAAAGGAACUUAGAAAUCUCUACAACAGACCUUCAACCAUUUGAAGUCCAAAAACACCGAUCAUGCCACUACAGAUCUCAAUCACAUUGGCUUAGGAAAAGAAACAACCAUGUAUACACAUUUGAUAUCAUAGACUACCCAGGUUUCUUGCUUAGCCUAAAAUCGACUACAGCUGCUGUCUUGGAACCCAACUAAGGAAAAUAAAUUACAGAACUAUAACUAGACAUACAGAACAAAAACGAAAGUAUCUGAUUCUUUUCUUUUUAUUAAAUUAAAUUCUUUAGCA